GAAAAAGCCUCUGCAUGUGUUUCUUGUUGGAAAAUCUGAAGAUAACAGCGGCAAUCAUUAUAUUAAAUAUUUCGAAUAAAAUUUCCAGUGGAGGUUAUAUCUGGUACAAUUAAGAAUAGACCUGCAUUGUUUUGCUUACGUUUGAAGAUUCACUGCGCUUUAAACCCUGAGAGCUGUUAUAAUGAGUUCAGCAGGAAACAGACAGUGCUCCUCUAGGAUGUCUCAGUCUCCUGAUCUCUCACAGCUGUAUGAAGACGUGAAAAUUGAGAUUUCAGAUGGAGGGACAUCCGAAGUGUCAGGAGUCUGUGUGAAGAAAGAGGAGACACUGGAGUUGAACAUCUACAACCAUGAAAACAACCUCGAAAACCCACCUGAAGUUCUCUCAAUUAAAGAGGAAGAUCCUGACAAUAAAGACUACCUCUAUUGUGAAGUUUGCAAAUCCUUCUUCUUUCACAAGUGUGAGCUUCACGGACCACCCCUCUUCAUCCCUGAUACUCCUGUUCUCAUGGGAGUUCCUGACCGAGCCAGGCAAACACUUCCUCCUAAACUAGAGAUUCGGAAGUCCGGUAUUCCUGACGCAGGCCUGGGAGUGUUUAAUAAGGGGGAGACUGUUCCAGUAGGUGCACACUUUGGACCCUACCAGGGAGAGCUGGUGGACAUAGAGAAAGCCAUGAAUAGCAGAUACUCCUGGGUGAUAUGCAGGAGCAGGCAGUGUGAAGAGUACAUAGAUGCCACAAGAGAAAUGCAUGCAAAUUGGAUGAGGUAUGUGAAUUGUGCUCGUAAUGAUGAAGAACAGAAUCUUGUGGCGUUUCAGUAUCGAGGGGGAAUUCUGUAUCGUUGCUGUCGACCCAUUAAUCCAGAACAGGAGCUCUUGGUGUGGUAUGAUGAGGAGUAUGCCAAAGAACUAAGUCCUGCGUUUCACAAGCUCUGGAACAAAAAGUGUUCCAUGAAUGACAAACACAUCCAGAGAUGCGACUAUGAAGAGUAUUUGAAGCCAUACGAAUUGGGAGAUGUUAAACACGGUCUUCAGAUCCCCUCCAAAGGCUUCAGUAGUCAGCCAACGUCAUCUGAUACUCUCAGUUCUGACACUUCUAACAAUGAUGACCCAAAGGAAAUUUACCAUUGCUCAGGACAUGGAACAAAUUUUGGUCAUCGGAGUGCUCAACAACAUGAACAAGUUCACCCAGGAGAGGAGCCAUAUCAAUGCUCCCAGUGUGGAAAAAAUUUUACUCAUCAGCGUAAUCUGCAACAACACCAGCGCAUUCACAGAGUUCAGAAGCCAUAUCACUGCUCAGAGUGUGGAAAGAGUUUUAUUCUACGGAUUUAUCUUCAGCGUCACCAGCGCAUUCACACAGGAGAGAGGCCAUAUCACUGCUCACAGUGUGGAAAAAGGUUUACUAAUUAUAGUAAUCUCCAACAACACCAGCGCAUUCACACAGGAGAGAGGCCAUAUCACUGCUCCCAGUGUGGAAAGAGUUUUGCUCAUCAGAGUCAUCUCCAACAACACCAGCGCAUUCACACAGGGGAGAAGCCAUAUCACUGCUCACAGUGUGGAAAGAGUUUUAUUCUACAGGGUGAUCUUCAGCGUCACCAGCGCAUUCACACAGGAGAGAAGCCGUAUCAUUGCUCACAGUGUGGAAAGAGUUUUACUCAAAAGCAUUAUCUCCAAAAUCAUCAGCGCAUUCACAGAGGAGAGAAGCCGUAUCAUUGCUCACAGUGUGGAAAGAGUUUUACCCAACAGACUCAUCUCCAACAACACCAGCACAUUCACACAGGAGAGAAGCCGUAUCAUUGCUCACAGUGUGGAAAGAGUUUUGCUCGACAGGAUUAUCUCCAAAAUCAUCAGCGCAUUCACACAGGAGAGAAGCUGUAUCAUUGCUCACAGUGUGGAAAGAGUUUUACCCAACAGAUUCAUCUCCAACAACACCAGCACAUUCACACAGGUGAGAAGCCGUAUCAUUGCUCACAGUGUGGAAAGAGUUUUCCUCGACAGGAUUAUCUCCAAAAACAUCAGCACAUUCACACAGGAGAGAAGCCAUAUCACUGCUCACAGUGUGGAAAGAGUUUUACUCAAAAGCAUUAUCUCCAACAACACCAGCGCAUUCACACAGGAGAGAAGCUUUAUCACUGCUCACAAUGUGGAAAGAGUUUUACUCAAAAGCAUUAUCUCCAACAACACCAGCGCAUUCACACAGGAGAGAAGCCAUAUCACUGCUCACAAUGUGGAAAGAGUUUUACUCACAAGUGUACUCUUCAGUCACACCAGCGCAUUCACACAGGAGAGAAGCCAUAUCACUGCUCACAGUGUGGAAUGAGUUUUACUGUAAAGAGUAAUCUCCAAAUUCACCAGCGCAUUCACACAGGAGAGAAGCCAUAUCACUGCUCACAGUGUGGGAAGAGUUUUACUCAAAAGCAUUAUCUCCAACAACACCAGCGCAUUCACACAGGAGAGAAGCCAUAUCACUGCUCACAAUGUGGAAAGAGUUUUACUCACAAGUGUUCUCUUCAGUUACACCAGCGCAUUCACACGGGAGAGAAGCCAUAUCACUGCUCACAGUGUGGAAAGAGUUUUACCCAACAGAUUCAUCUCCAACAACACCAGCGCAUUCACACAGGGGAGAAGCCGUAUCACUGCUCACAGUGUGGAAAGAGUUUUACUCAAAAGUGGAAUCUCCAACAACACCAGCGCAUUCACACAGUACAGAAGCCUCAUCACUCCUGACAGUGUGGAAAGAGUUUUACUCAAAAGUGGAAUCUCCAGCAACACCAGCGCAUUCACACAGUACAGAAGCCUCAUCACUCCUGACAGUGUGGAAAGCGUUUUACUCAUUAGGGUCUUCUUUGCCAGAUCGCAACAGAAAAAUUUACUAUUAAAACCAGUUGUUAAAACAAAGUGUGGUGAAGCAGCUUUUAGCUACUAUGCAGUACAUCUAUGGAACCAACUGCCAGAGGACAUUAAAAAUGCUCCUGCUGUUGGCAGCUUCAAAUCUAGGUUAAAGACCAAGCUGUUUUCAGAUGCUUUCUGUUAAAUAAUUAAUAUUUUUACAUUUUUUAUAAUCUUUACUUUCACUGCAUGUUUUAAAUUUACUUUAAUUUUAUUCUAUUUUAUUCCGCUGAUUUCUUUUUCUCCUUUUUUCUUUUUGGCAUUUUAUUAUUUUAU